CUUCAAUUAAUUCUUUACGCAAUAAUUUUUUUUACUUCAAUUAUUUUCAUUAAUAUAAUUCACCCAUUAGCUAUAGGUUUAACUUUAUUAAUUCAAACAAUUUUAAUUUGUUUAAUUACAGGUAUAAUAACCAAAACUUUUUGAUUUUCAUAUAUUUUAUUUUUAAUUUUUUUAGGGGGUAUACUAGUUUUAUUUAUUUAUGUUACCUCCUUAGCUUCUAAUGAAAUAUUUAAUUUAUCUAUUAAAUUAACCUUAAUUUGUUUUACUUUUAUAUUUUUAAGAAUUUUUGUAUUUUUAUUUAUCGACAAAAAUUAUAUUAAUUUUUUUUUUAUAAAUAACGAAAUACAAAAUAUUUUAAAUAUCUACUCUUAUUUUCCAGAAAAUACACUUUCUCUUAAUAAACUUUAUAACUCCCCAACAAAUUUUGUAACAAUUUUAUUAAUAAAUUAUUUGUUAAUUACUUUAAUUGUUGUAAAAAUUACAAAAAUAUUCAAGGGACCUUUACGUUUAAUAAACUAA